UGGCCAUUGUGUAGGCGCGCUUUCCUGUGGCCGGAAUUCAAAACUAUUGGCGCGUAGUAGGCCUAGGCCCUAGGCUAAAUUGCUGCUGAAAAUGAACGAAUCAAUUUGAAACGCAUGAAACAAGGAGGUAGAAUAAUAGCUGUCAGUUGGGUCCAUGUGGACUACAUUUUUCUGACAAAGUAAAGAAAGAUGUCUCUGUCUCAGGAUGGUGGUAAUGAGUUGUGGCGAGAAAUUAAAAAGAAUGAUCCAGCUGUUCUUUACCGAUAUGCCACGAACUGGAGUGCAGUAAAGAGAAUUGCUUCUUUGAAACCAGAACUUCUGAACACUGUGUCUAAUUCUGGCUGGACCACAUUGAUGCAGGCAGCAUAUUUCCACUGUUCUAAUGAAGUAAUUAUUUUUAUGAUGAAGCAAGCAAACCCUCAGACAUUGGUGACUACGAGUGAUCAUGGCUUUAGCCUUCAGCAUGCUCUGGCAAGAUCUUGUCUUAUGCCAGCAACGAGGCACUUACUGAAUCAAACCAAUAAGCUUCAUAUAAACCUAAGGACAAAGAAUUUAAGUUCUCCUCUUCACAUGUGUAUGUAUGAGAAUGACAUCAAAUUUGAAGAUCGGGUUGGAACAAUUAAAGUACUUUUGGACAAUGGGGCUGACAUCACUGCCAUGGACAAGGAUGGUCUUACCCCUAUUGAAAAGUGUGAGAAAAAUAUUUCAAAGUACAGUUGGUAUUCUGAAGAUAAGAAGCAGGAAUUAUUGCAUGUACUUAGAGGAGAAAAAAUUCCUGCAGAAAUAUUGGCUAGAGGGCCAGAUGCACUGAAACAGUACCAAAAAGCAUUGGAAGAGGGACAGAGUGACUACAACUUUGUUAGAGUCAUGGUAAUGGGACAGGAAAAUGUUGGCAAAACCUGUCUCAUUGACUCUUUAUUAGGAAAGAAUUUCAAUGAAAAACACAUAAUCACUGAUGCCAUAGCAGUCACAAGAAGUUGUGUAUGUGACGAAGCAGAUGAUACCAACUGGAAACAAGUUGAUGUUUGCAAAACUGAAAUGAAGGACAAGCAUGAGAAUGCUCUUGCAACAAGUAUAGCCAAGACUUUACUAAGAAAAAAGGAAGUUGUAUCAAGUCCAGAAUACACAGAAGUAGAGAGUCAAACGAAUGGUAUUGAAUCUCAAAAGACAUUGGAACCAAGUGAUGAUCAAAAGAGAGAACAAAGUCAAGUAUAUGGUAUAGAGUCUCCAAAAACACUGAAACCAAGUGGUGACUUAAAGAGAAAAAUUUGUAAAGAUGUAGAUGGAGAUCGUGUUUCAGCAGGAGUUUCAGGAGAAAACAAGAGAAGUAAAACCCAAACCAAUGGUGCAACAUCUCAAGCUACUACAUCAGCAUCAUCAAUAGAAGCUAAUGGACAGCCACAAACAAUGAAACAGUAUUCACAAGAUAUUAAAAGAAAGGUUGUGCAAGUUAUGGAAGGAGCUUCAAUAAUUGAUAAUUCAUUCAGGAUAUGGGACUAUGGAGGACAACCCAUCUACCAUACUAUUCACAGGUUCUACAUGACUCCUGAAGGAAUAUUUGUGAUUGUUUUUAAUAUCGCUGAUGACCUUGAUGCCUGCUCAAUAGUUGUAGAUUCAUUCGGAGUAAGCACUUUUUCAAUUUUAUUAAACUGUGAAUAUAAGAACCAUAAUUUCUUCCUCAGAUUUAUACUGUAAGGAGAAUAUUUUUGUUAUCAAUGGUGACCUACUCUGGCAAAACCUGACAUUGAUAUCAGAAUAUUCAGAUAAUCAGUAUUUUGGCCAACAUCAGGUUGUUCCUGUUUGUGGUACUAGAUAAAAUUUCUACCAAGAAAAUCAAUUACUAAAUCUAACUGAAAAAUAUUAAUUUUUAAAAUACACACCUCAUUAUUAAACCACUGACUUGGGAAUCGUUGAAAGCUAUUUUCUCUAAAAUUACUUGGUUGAUAUCUGUCACACGGGUAAAUAAUUACAAAUUCAAUUUACCAUUCACAGAUUUAUUUUGCUUUGUAACCCUCAUCACCAUGUA